AAAGGGCUCGCCGCAGGGUCGCGACCCUGGCCUCCGCCGCGCCGCCGCCCUCCCCUCCGCCGCCGCUACCUCCUCCCCGACGCCACCCCUCUCUCCUCCGCCCUGCCUCGCGAUCUCCUCCAGCCUCCGUCCCCUGCCUUCACCCCACCGCCGGCCCACCGUCGCUCGCCGCAGGCACUAGUACACGAGAAGAGCCACCUGCCAGCCAUGUCCACGCCGACGCGCCCGCUCGGUGCGCGCAAGACCACCAACAACAAGCCCUCGCCAUGGGCCCUGAACCAGAAGUCGGACCGCUUCGGCGGCCCCGGAUCGAUCUACAAGCCCGCCGCCGGCACCGGCAUCGAGCGCUCAUCGCCAGCGCCCACAAAGACGCCGGGCAAGGCGACCCCUGGGUCGCGCAACGCGCGCACGCCGUCGGGAGCCGGCCGCCCCACGCCCAACAUGGCCAGCAAGACGGACCGCUUCGCGAUGCCGGGCGGCGUGUACAAGCAGUCCGACUCGCCGGCGCCCUCGGCGUACGCGGCCAAGCCGCUCAAGCCGUCGGGCCCGACGGUCUCGCUCGUCCAGAAGAUGCAUCGGCGGCGGCAGUCGCGCGGCCUCUGGGCCGACGCCGUCGCCAAGGCCAGCGGCGACGGCCCGACGUACUACAACCCGUCGGCGCUCGCAAAGGCGUCGGUGCAGAAGGAGGUGUCUGCUCAGUACAAGGACGGACGCGGCCGCUUCGAGACGCACGACAGCGUGUACGCCGCGCCGGCGACGCCGGCGAUCGGGCAGUACGAGACGGCGGUGAACAUUGGCUCCUCCAAGUCGUCCACCGUCUCGUACGCAAGGGCGCGGCCCGGCCGCUUCGAGGCGCACGACACCAUCUACGCCAAGCCCGCCACGCCCGGCAUCGGCGAGUACGAGACCGCGGUGCAUAUGGCCUCCACAAAGUCGUCCACAGUCUCGUACGCCACGGCCAAGGAGGGCCGCUUCGAAGGGCGCGACACCAUCUACGCCAAGCCGGCCACGCCCGGCAUCGGCGAGUACGAGACCGCGGUGCCAUUCAACAUCGGCUCCUCCAAGUCGUCCACAGUCUCGUACGCAAAGGAGCCGCGGCGCCAGUCGCGCGGCAUCUGGGCCUCCAACGCCAAGCACGAGGGCAGCCUGCCGCCGGCUCUCAAGUACGCGGACGCCGCCCCCUCGGCGCUCGCAAAGGCAUCGCCGGCGAAGAUCGAGGCCUUCCCUUCCCCGCAGCAGCCGAUCGAGGCGGCGCCGGACAACGAGCCGCCAGUCGAGGCACCGCCCCUCGCGCCUGCGCCGGCCGACGACGGCGACGCAGAGUGCGACGCGAUGGCGGAGGGCGAGAGGCUGUUCGCGCGCCUCUCGCGCGUCUCCACCGCGCGCGUGUCGCGCAAUGACUACUACGAUGCCAAGCUCGGCUGGGACGAGGACCUCGAGAUCGAGCAUCAGGCCGCCGAGGAGGGCGUCGCACUGCCGUCCGAGCUCGACACGUUCCUGCGCGCCUUCGCGUUCGCGGCGCCCUCCGAGGCGGUGCGGCGCGAGGAGGCGUGGCGGCUGUGGGACCCGAACGGCAACGGCUACCUCUCGCUCGCCGAGGUCGACUUGGGCGUCAAGAUGACGCUGCAGUCCUUCCUCAAGGACGCGGGCGCGGGGGAGGCGGUGUGGCGCCGCUUCCGGCCGUCCUUCAUCCGCGCCUUCAACGACGCCAAGGACGCGGCGGCGGCCGCCUCGUCGCUGUCGGACGACUACGUGACCAAGGGCGAGUUCCGGCUGCUGCUGUCCUACCUCGGCUACUACGCGACGUGGUUCGAGGUGUUUGCGAUGGUGGACGGAUGCUCGGACGGCACCACCGCGACCGACGACCGCCGCAUCUCGCGCGAGGAGUGGGAGGAGGGCAUCGAGAAGGUGGUGGCGGCGGGGCUGUCGUGGGCGCCGUACGUGGCGCUGCGCUCGGCGACCUCGGCCAGCUUCGACGAGAUGGACUCGAACGGCGGCGGCUACGUGCUGCUGAUCGAGUUUUGCGCGUGGCUCAAGGCGGCCGAGGUGGAGGCGGCGACGCCCGCCGGCCUCGCCCUCGCCGCGGGCGGCGAACGUUCCUGCGCGCCUUCGCGUUCGCGGCGCCCUCCGAGGCGGUGCGGCGCGAGGAGGCGUGGCGGCUGUGGGACCCGAACGGCAACGGCUACCUCUCGCUCGCCGAGGUCGACUUGGGCGUCAAGAUGACGCUGCAGUCCUUCCUCAAGGACGCGGGCGCGGGGGAGGCGGUGUGGCGCCGCUUCCGGCCGUCCUUCAUCCGCGCCUUCAACGACGCCAAGGACGCGGCGGCGGCCGCCUCGUCGCUGUCGGACGACUACGUGACCAAGGGCGAGUUCCGGCUGCUGCUGUCCUACCUCGGCUACUACGCGACGUGGUUCGAGGUGUUUGCGAUGGUGGACGGAUGCUCGGACGGCACCACGGCGACCGACGACCGCCGCAUCUCGCGCGAGGAGUGGGAGGAGGGCAUCGAGAAGGUGGUGGCGGCGGGGCUGUCGUGGGCGCCGUACGUGGCGCUGCGCUCGGCGACCUCGGCCAGCUUCGACGAGAUGGACUCGAACGGCGGCGGCUACGUGCUGCUGAUCGAGUUUUGCGCGUGGCUCAAGGCGGCCGAGGUGGAGGCGGCGACGCCCGCCGGCCUCGCCCUCGCCGCGGGCGACGAGCAGCUCGCCGGCGGCCAAGGAGGCGAAGCCAACGUUCCUGCGCGCCUUCGCGUUCGCGGCGCCCUCCGAGGCGGUGCGGCGCGAGGAGGCGUGGCGGCUGUGGGACCCGAACGGCAACGGCUACCUCUCGCUCGCCGAGGUCGACUUGGGCGUCAAGAUGACGCUGCAGUCCUUCCUCAAGGACGCGGGCGCGGGGGAGGCGGUGUGGCGCCGCUUCCGGCCGUCCUUCAUCCGCGCCUUCAACGACGCCAAGGACGCGGC